ACCAUUAAGAUAGAGCCUCCCUCCACAGAAACAUUUCCCUAUACAAUCACAAAGUCCUCCAGACCCACCUGCCUUUUCUCUUUAUCCUUCUCAUGGCAAGAACAUUAGAGCCUCUUAUUGUUGGAAGAGUGAUUGGAGAUGUCCUUGACUCCUACUCUCCAACAGUGAAUAUGGCAGUAACUUACAACAACAAGCAAGUCUGCAAUGGCCAUGAGCUCUUCCCCUCCACGGUUACAUCUAGGCCGAGGGUUGAGGUUCAUGGAGGAGACAUGAGAUCUUUCUUCACACUGGUGAUGACAGACCCAGAUGUUCCUGGCCCUAGUGAUCCAUAUUUGAGGGAACACCUGCACUGGAUUGUUACCGACAUUCCAGGCACCACAGAUGCUACAUUUGGAAGGGAGGUUGUGAGCUAUGAGAUCCCAAGGCCUAAUAUAGGGAUCCACAGGUUUGUGUUUGUGCUCUUCAAGCAGAGGCGCAGGAAUACAGUAAGCCCACCAACUUCAAGGGAUCACUUCAACACCCGAAGCUUUGCUGCGGAGAAUGAACUCGGACUUCCUGUAGCUGCGGUCUUCUUUAAUGCGCAGAGGGAAACAGCAGCAAGAAGACGUUGAAGUCCCCACCACAGCACAAGAGACCAUUCGCUACUGCAACAAAAUCUAAUUUAAGUACCAAAAUUAUUAAAGGGUUUUGUUGCUAAAUAAGUUGAUUGUGUGGUCGUGUAGGCCCAAAGAAAUGCUCACAAACAGGGACUUAUUGCUUAGAAUAAUGAUAGUGUACACUAGAAAAAAGAUAUGCACUUGUUUGUGUCUGUCUUUCUUCACUGUUUUUUUUAUAUAUCCUUCGAGUUAAAUAGCUGUAUGGUCUC